ACCAACACACUGGGCGCUUUAUCUGGGCUUUACAUUUACAAACGUGCGCUCUGCACAAACGUGUACGGAUUUGACAAGAUAUGAAGCUGACUGGGAUAUGUGGAGUGACAUUUUAGCUGAUACAAGUGAAAUCUUUCGGUGUGUAAUAUGAGGAUUGCUAUAUUUGGAGCGACAGGCCCAAGUGGACAAUUUGCAGUCAAAGAGGCGCUUGAUAAAGGGUACUACGUCACUGCCCUUGUACGGAAUCCUGGGAAGCUAACGACUAAAGAUGAUAAACUUAAGAUAGAGAAAGUCGACAUAUUUAAGCCUGAGGAGGUCGGACCACACCUUAAGGACUGUGAUGCAGUGGUGUCCUGUCUUGGAACACCACGACAAGGAUUCCUUGGGUGGUCCAAAGUGACAUUCUAUACAGAUUCAAUGAAGAGCAUCGUGAACGCAAUGCGGACAUCCGGUACCAAACGGCUGGUGUGUCUUACCUCUAUAGGAACAGAAAAAGUGCCUGGAAGUCCGUGGGUGGUUGAGUGGAUAUUCAGACCCUUAUUAAUAGGUAACAUUCUAUCCGACAUGGCCGAGAUGGAACAUUAUCUGAAGGAUCAUUGUUCAGACCUCAGUUAUACUGUCGUACGACCGUCAGGCCUAGUUGACGGACCUAGCAGUGGUAAACAAAUACAGACCGAGGAAAACCAGUUUGUGACAGGAGCAGCAAUUUCAAUGCCAAGAGCAGAUGUUGGAAAGUUUGUCAUUGACUGCGUUCAGAAGGAAAGCUGGCUACAAAAGUUUGUAGCCAUUGGUCUGCUACCAUGAAGGACAUUUGUGUUAUUCGGGUCACUGCGGUAUCUUAUGUAGUGUAUCAUGCAAAUUUCAAUUCAAUUCAUGUUUAACGUAUUUUCUCUUACCUCACCAAGUAGACACGUGGUGAUGUAUCGGAACACUACUGUUUUUACAACUGGUUUAUACAGAAUAUUUAUACUUUGUCAAUUGUAAUGCUGAAAUACAUUAAACUUGUCGAUUAAUAUGUA